AUGAAUGUGGAUCUCGCUCAAAUUACAUCCGAUUUGUCCAACUUUCUCUCCAAUGUAGACACGUUUUAUGGGAAAUUGGUAUAUGUUAAAAAAAAUGACGCACCCCCAUUUCUCCAAGACAAAGAUCUGAAAAGUGCAGAACACGUUGUCAACGCCCUUUUGGAGUGCGUUCCAAAGUUCCUCGCCGCGAUUUAUUUUCUAUGGUAUGAUGUAAAUACGAAUUUUGCAAAAUUUGGAGGUGGGGGGUGGAAUAGCGAUUGGCUGGGUUAUGAGAAAAAUUGGUGGAGUGGCUAUUGGGGAGGAGAGCUUCAGGAAUAUCUCAGGGCACCAGUCGGAGACAGUAAGUACAAUUCUCGCACCAGCGUCAUACCCGGUGGAUUCGAGCCCGGUGAGGUGAUGUCUGGUAGUUGGUGGGGUGGCCAUUAUCAGGGUUAUAAUAUGGCAACUGACCUUAGAAACAUUUUGGAAAAAACUGGUAUUCACAAUUUUCUUCGCGACGUGUUCGCCACUUCUGUUCUCACUGCCACUUCCGGCUCCGAUAUUCCAAACACUGCAAACGUUGUUGGUUUGGUGGGAGUGUUUUGCGAUAUCGUGAAUGCGGAAAAAGACCUUGCGGGGGGAGAGUUGAAAAAAGCUAUGGAUAAAGAUUUAAAAAAUGGCAAGAAAUGCAUAAAUUGGGAAGAAUUAAAAGGCCAUUGUGCAAAACUUAAGCAAUCCCAAAUAAACGUGUUGUUCAGUAAAACAGCCUUCGAUCACACAGGCCAGUCGCCGGAAAUUAAUAACCUUAAUAAAGAGGGUUUUGUGAAGAAGACGGCUAAGUGGUUGAGAGAUAAUUUGAAUAAAGUGCGUCAGAAUUUGGAGAAGAUUAGUACAACAUACGGUGACACAAUAGCGCCCAAUAAAGCCGAGCUUGGGGAAUAUUUCACCAAAUAUUUCUUCCCCUAUGGUUUCACAUUCGGUUUCGAACACCAUGAAGCAUCGAAUAUGGAUCCCAGAGAUUUCCUCCAAAAUUGGCGCAAUUUGAUCGAUGCACUGAAAGAAGAGGACAAGGGCAGUUUGGCUAAGCUAGUGGAACUUUUGAAUGGUAAGAAAUGUCCAACUCCUCCGGCUUCGCCUCCAAAGCCGCGACCCGGACCUGCACCAUCUGGUGGCCAUUCUCCUGGAACUAGUCAGAGUGAGGAUGACCAGGCGACUACUCCUGUCACCACUCAACACAGCAAUCAAAACACCGUGACGGAUCGGGACGCAGCUGCUACUCCACCCACUACCCUGAUUUAUGAUCCAGGUGUUGAUGUCGUAGAAGUGGUAGACGUUAAGGAAGAACUGGUGCAUAAUGUUAAUGGGGACGCAUCAGUGUACGGCAUAGACGGCGCAGAAGUGGAAGAAGCGGAAGAUGAGAAAAUGAAGCGUCAUUUGAGAAAUACGUAUGCUAUAGGUGAUCGUAUCCCGGAACCCAUUCCAAAGCCCCCUUCACAAGUCUUAGCAUCUAGUAGCGUUGCUAUGGGUUACCCUAUAAAGUCGCCCAAGACUCCUAGUAAUUCAUCAUUUCAUCGCCCCACGGCACCGAAGUCGUCGACGAAAUUGAUUCGUAGGUAUCCAACAGGUAUUGGUAUGCCUGCACGUAAACAUCCACCCAUAUUUCCCCAAGGCCCUAUCGCCACCGCACAGUUUGACGAUCCGUACAUGGCUAUACUCAUGAAUGUUUCCGGCUCUAGCGCGUUGAAUUCUUCUAAAAGCGAUGCCCGUGUUCCCCAAUUCGAGCAUAUUAUCCCGUCCGUGCCACCAAUACCGGAUUUUAGUGGAAUGCCUAUUCCUGACUCCAAUCUGAAGUCUUCAUCCAUUCCAAUGGUGUACCUAGAGCCUCCUCCGCCAGGAGGCUUAGAGAUCGCUGUAGCGGAAAGGCAUCCACCCAAAACUGAAGCACCAAAAAUUGAUCUUUCAAUCAAAACCGUGCAUCAUGAGGACCGCAGCGUCAACGACUUUGACUUCAAUCACGACCCUCUAACUCCCCCAACCGCCGAGCCACUUGAGCCCAUCCGCCCAUCCACCACCGCCGUCGCAAUCAACUUCCCGCCAAUCGAUCCUCUGGAGAAUCUCCCCAAAAGGUUCGCCGAUGACUAUGAACACAGUCCAGAGACUGUCGGAAUGUGCCCUGUUCCUUGGCUCACCCAGAAACCUACGCAUGACGCCACCGACAUCCCCGAGACGGAGCUUUUCCCCUAUGAGGCGCCGCAUACGGUCAGGGAGAUGCUUAUUUGGAUCGCCGGACUGCAGCAUCCGAAACACCAAGAAACUUUGGAAAAGUGUAUUGAGAAGGCUUUCAAGUGCGACGAUGAUGUCUCUGCCAGCCUCACACUUCCAGUCAACGGUGCUGACGUCCGCCCUCAACAUGUCAUCGACACCAUCCAGCUUGCCGCCGUUUUCGCAGCCUCAGUGCUAUCCGCCGUUGAGCCUGCCUGGAAAGGUAACAUCUCAUUGUCUGCAACACUAAAACGUAAGGAUUCCGACCAAUCCAAGGACCCUGAUUGCUGCGCUCUCCUCUGCCAGCUGCGGGAUUACGUGUACGCCGCCCACCACCAGUUGGCAUUCUUAAGGUUGCAGUGUUCUCGGGGCGCCAGGCACGGUGGUUGGCAGGAUUGUGAAUAUGGCCUUCAUGUAAGUGUUUCCGACUCCCCCCUCAAGGCCUUUCUGACCGACGCCCAUGAUUCCAAGUUCCACACUCACUUCUUCGACCCGUAUAACAUCUGCCUCAAAAGCCAUAUCAGGAUGGGAUUCAAGCACAGUGAUUUGUCUGAAUCUCAGCAAACGGGAAAGGUCAUUUCCACCAUCCUCACUCCCGCCUGUGGCGGCGACGAUCCCCUGCUGACAUUGUCCUCUUACCUCAACUGCCUCACCAGGCGGACGCCGCGCACCACCGGGGAGCUUGUCUCGUUCUUCCACAAUUUCGGGAAUAAGCUGCACAAACUUCCUUCACACUUGUCUAAGCUGGGCACCACGCUAUCCAAGCCACGUGACCACUGUCCGAAGUGGGACUAUCUCACGGAGGCCGACCUCCAAGCCCUCCAGGAUCUCCGUGGUUCAGAGUAUCUUAAUUCAGGCCAUGGCCAUCUCAACACCCUAUCAACACUGCUUGCUUGCGCCAUCAAUAGUGUAAACUGUCCACAUUACAUAUUGCCCAUCACCUACCAGGCCUACGCCCUCUACUCACCAAGCUUCGCCCACACCUACCUCAGCUGGACGGUCUACCUACCCGACAGACUGUGGGAGUCACUGGACAAGCUGAGGAGAGAGAUGAAGAGCCAUAGAUGUUCCGACAUUAAAUCACUCAACACGUAUCCCGACGUCCUGCCUCUCCUCUACUAUCACGGAUUCACGCCAUCGGAGGGCAUAGGGCAAUCGUCACUCACGUGCUCCGGGAUCAUCGACAAGCUGGACUCUGUGGUCUCCGGAGGGCCUAUAGCCGAUCUCAUGACCCGUAUGGAUACAUUCCUCUACGGCAUCCGGAUGCCCUUCCUUUACACUGUGUUCACGCUCUGGUCUGUAGCUAUUUUCUUCCUAGUCGCCUACACUAUGAUAUACCGCCUGGACGCCCUCUACAUCCGUUCCCACAUAAUUCGAUCCAAGGUAUCCCACCUCAUCGAUGUCAAGGCGCUACUCACUCUGGGCAGAAAAAUGCUUUCCCUGUACCACGACGGCGAUUACUUCGAUGAUGAGCCUGUUGAACAACUCGACGGAUCACAGUAA